CCUUCUUCAUCAGCAUCCUUUACUCAGGCUUCUAAUGUGUCUAAUUACUCAGGUCAGACGCUGCAACCUAUAGGAGUUACUCAAGUGGUACAGCAACCAGUUGGAGCAUCUUUUGCAAGCAAUACAGUUGGUGUGCAACAUGGCUUUAUGCAACAUGUGGGAAUUAGUGUUCCCAGCCAGCAUUUGUCUAAUAGUAGUCAGAUUAGUGGUUCGGGACAGAUACAGCUAAUUGGUUCAUUUAGUAAUCAACCUUCCAUGAUGACUAUUAACAACCUUGAUGGAUCUCAGAUUAUAUUGAAAGGCAGUGGACAGCAAGCACCUGCAAACAUGAGUAGCGGACUCUUGGUUCAUAGACAAACUCCUAAUGGUAACUCACUGUUUGGUAACUCAAAUUCAAGUCCAGUAGCACAACCUGUAACUGUCCCAUUUAACAGCACAAAUUUUCAGACAUCUUUACCUGUGCAUAAUAUCAUUAUUCAGAGGGGUCUAGCACCAAAUUCUAAUAAAGUUCCAAUUAAUAUCCAACCAAAGCCUAUUCAGAUGGGUCAGCAAACAGCUUACAAUGUGAAUAACUUGGGAAUACAGCAGCAUCACGUACAACAAGGGAUUCCUUUUGCUUCAGCAAGUUCACCUCAAAAUUCAGUAGUUGGUCCUCAUAUGUCUGUUAAUAUUGUUAAUCAACAAAACACAAGAAAAUCAGUUACUCCUCAAACAGUUAGUAAUGCUGGCGGUAGUAUUGUUAUCCAUUCUCCUAUGGGACAGCCUCAUGUAUCUCAAAAUCAGUUUCUCAUACCUACAAGUCUCUCUGUCAAUUCUAAUUCGGUUCAUCAUGUCCAGACCAUAAAUGGACAACUUCUUCAGACUCAACCUUCCCAGUUGGUUUCUAGCCAAGUAUCUGCUGAGCAUGUUAUGCUGAACAGGAACUCUACAAGCAUGCUCAGGGCCAACCAUUCAUAUUCAGGACAGAUGCUGAAUAAUCAGAAUACAGCUGUUCAGUUAGUUUCUGGUCAGACAUUCACAGCUCCUGGAAGUCAAGUUAUAGUAAAUCAUGGAACUUCUCAAAUUGUUGGUGGACAGGUGCCAUUACAACAGGCAUCACCAACAGUGUUGCAUUUAUCACCCAGUCAAAGUAGUGUUUCUCAAGGUAGAUCAGGUUUUACUACAAUGUCACCUGGACAGUCUACAGUCUCAAAUAUGUCAGCAUCUAAUCGGUUUACUGUUGUAAGUUCUUCUGGCACAGUACAUCCCAGCCUGGGGCCACCAGUUCAGUCUGUUGCAUCAGGAGGAAAUUUUACUGGAGAUCAACUUACACAGCAGAAUAGAACACAAGUUUCAGUGAGUGUAUCACAUUGUCUUCCAGUUUCCUCUUCUAAAUCUAUCAGCACUUUCAGUCGCACAUCAGUAGGAGUAACACAGCAACAGUUCACUUUUGCUCAGGUAUGAAUACCCUUUAAGUACCAACAAAACUGCACAAAAGCAUUCUAAAUCAUUUCCUUUUUCUUUGGUGGGGAAGGACGUUAAUAGAUAAUGUCCUUUAAUACUGUAUUCUCCAAAAAUAUUCACAAAUAAUUUAUUAUGCUUACGGUAAUUGUUUUAUAAACAAAUAUUGUUGAUCUACUGAAAAAGUAUCUAAUCCUGCUGCAACCAUUUAAUCAAAAAACCUCUUCGAAUGUUUCUAUAAUGUGGAUGAAUCUAUCAUUCCCAUUAAUUCAGACAGUCUUGCUUUUGUUGAUUAGUGGUGAAAUUUUUAAAAGUGUUCAGCGUGGGCCUAUUUCUGCUUCCAGUAAAAUCAAUAGAAGUUUUACCUUUGAUUUCAAUGGGAGCAGAACUAUGCCAAGUCAGCACUUUUGAAAAUCACACUGUUAGAGUCAUAGGGCAAAACUCUGGCAUGUGCUAAGUACCUGAAGAUCAUUUUGACUUCAGUGAGAGUUACGCAUGCGAAGGUCCUCUCAGUAUUUGGCCCACAGAAAUUGGAGAUGGAAAAGGGUAUAUGGUGCUCUAGGCCAUUUCUCUGCCAGCACCGGAUUAUUCCCUGCAGCAUAUUUUAUUUAGUACUCUGUUCAGUAUGGCUUUAAAUGUCUCAAUCAAUUUGGAUUUUCAGUUUUGAAGUUUGGGGCAGAGACACACUCUUCUGUAAACCAUUGAAAGAGU